AUGAAAGUGUUAACUAACGAAAAUAAUAUUAACAGUUUAAAAAUAGUCAUCAGUUCUAAAAUAACUAAAAAGUCCAUUCAUGUUCUAACAAAUUCAAUUGAAAAAUUAAAUUUAAAAUCUCCUAAAACCAUACCACAACUGGUAUUAGAUUCAGGAGUUCAUAUUUUUUCCAGUAAUGCAAGUUCUAAAUUUUUAUUUCCUCCAUCAGUAGAACAUAAUUCUUGUGUUAAUUACUAUUUAGAUGUAGAGGCUACUGUUAUACAGCCAUUGAUAGCAACAUUUUCUGGUAAAGUGUCUGAUAAAAAUAAAAAAAGCUUUGAAGAAAUAUUAAAUCAAUGCAAUAAUGAUCUAAUAUCAAAAAAAUUCCUGUGUGGUAAUGAAAUAACAGUAAGUGAUGUGUCCAUUUGGUGUGCUUUAUACCCGAUAUUUACCGAUACCAAGUUUAAUGACAUUCUUCUCAAUAAGGAUUCAUUAAAGAAAUGGUUUGAAUUUAUUUUUAAACUUCCAGAAGUACAAGAAUCCUUAAAACUAUGUAAUAUUAAACAAGGUUUAAGUUCAAUUGAAAAUUUAGCUUGUGUACAAAAAAGUACGAGUGUAAAACCUGGUUCAUCCAGUUCACAAAAAUUUUCUAUACCAAGUACACCUGAAAAAACUAUUAAAGACAAUAGUUUAACUGUUACUAAUGAAGAAAAAAAAAUAGCAGCAGCAGCUUGGAAAGAAAAUUUACCUGUAGCAGGGGAAACAAAUAUUUUAAUUACAUCAGCUUUGCCAUAUGUGAACAAUGUUCCUCAUCUUGGUAAUAUAAUAGGAUGUGUUUUAUCUGGGGAUGUAUUUGCAAGAUUCUGUAGAUUAAGAGGAUACAAUACAUUAUACAUUAGUGGAACAGAUGAAUAUGGAACUGCAACAGAAACUAAAGCUUUAGAAGAAGGACUUACUCCUCGAGAAAUUUGUGAUAAAUAUUAUAAAAUUCAUGAUGCUAUUUACAAAUGGUUUGGCAUUUCGUUUGAUUAUUUUGGGAGAACGACAACUCCUCAACAAACCGAAAUUUGCCAACUUAUUUUUAAAAAAAUUAAUGAAAAUAAUUACAUUAUUUCUGAUGUAGUCGAACAGUUGUUGUGUGAAAAAUGUGAUAGAUAUUUAGCAGAUAGAUUUGUUGAAGGUGUUUGCCCUCGGUGUAGUUAUGAAGAUGCCAGGGGUGAUCAAUGUGACGGUUGUGGACAUCUUAUAAAUGCACCUGAGUUGAUAAAACCCAGGUGUAAAAUGUGUAAACAAACUCCAGUUUUACGUCAAUCGAAACAAUUUUUCUUAGAUCUUCCUAAGAUAGAACCAUUACUUAAAGAAUGGAUUCAACAACGUUGGCUAGACUGGUCGCAUAAUGCACGAGAAAUAAGUAAAGCUUGGCUAAAUGACGGUUUAAAACCGAGAUGCAUAACAAGAGACUUAAAAUGGGGAAUUCCAGUGCCUCUAGAAGGUUUUGAAAGCAAGGUAUUUUACGUAUGGUUUGAUGCUCCCAUCGGGUACAUUUCGAUUACCAAAGGAUACACGAGUGAAUGGAAAAAAUGGUGGAUGCCAGAUAAAAAUACUAAAGUGAAUCUUUAUCAGUUUAUGGCAAAAGAUAAUGUACCCUUUCAUUCCGUCAUGUUUCCAGCAUCUUUAAUCGCCAGCAAAGAAAACUACGUGACUGUUAGUAAUAUUUUUGCUACAGAAUAUCUUAAUUACGAAGAUGGAAAAUUUUCAAAAUCCAGAGGUAUCGGAGUUUUUGGAAAUGAUGCACAAGAAACUGGAAUACCGGCUGACGUUUGGAGAUUUUAUUUACUUUACGUGAGACCAGAAUCACAAGACUCCAGUUUUUCAUGGUCUGAUCUUGCAUUAAAAAAUAACUCGGAACUUUUAAGCGUUCUAGGAAACUUUAUUAAUAGGGCUUUGAUGUUCUGCGAAAAAACAUUCGAUUCGAAAAUUCCAAACAUGAAUUUAACGGAUGAAAAUUAUGAGUUGGUUGCUUUGGUGAACAGAGAACUUCACGAGUAUAUAUCAGUCAUUGAAAAGGGAAAACUUCGUGAGGGUAUAAGACAUCUUUUGUCCAUCGCUCGACUCGGUAAUCAAUUUAUGCAAUCUUCUCAACCCUGGGUACUUUGCAAGGGAUCUGAAGAUGACAAAAAACCCUUCCCAUUAUUUAAUAAAAUUGAAGACGAUUUGAUAAAUAAAUUAAAAGCUAAAUACGCAGGAGUUCAAAGUGCAAAUUCUCACGGUAAGGGGGGAGAUGACGGGAAGAAAACGGGGGGCCAUAUUGGAAAUGAUGUGUCGUCAUUAGAAGCAGCUGUUGUCGCACAGGGAGACGUCGUGAGGAAAAUGAAAGCGGCGGGUAAAACUAAAGCCGAAUGGGGACCAGAAGUGACAAUAUUAUUAGAUUUAAAAAAAAAAUUGGCGGAAGCGCAGGCCAACAAUCAAAACAAUUCGGCUACGAAUCCUGUAACUCCUAAUCAAAAAAGCAUAACCGAAAUGGAAGAAAAGGUUAAAAAACAGGGCGACCAUGUUAGAAAAUUAAAAGAAUCCGGAGCGGAUAAAUCACAAUGGCAGCCGGAAGUAAACGUUUUACUGGAUUUGAAAAAGCAAUUGGCGGAAUUAAAGGGAGAACCGUUGCCGGCGCCUUCGGGGAAAAAAAAUAAGAAAAAAUAA